GCUACUUUGUUUCACAUGUCAUGCAUGUGAAACACCUUCCUGCCGUUUGAUAGACACGAUCAACAUGGAGCAUCUGUGUCUGCUGCUGCUGCUGCUGCUGUGUGGAGCAGCUCCUCUCUGCAGCAGCCCUCUGCCGGGCACAGGCAGGUUCUGGCACAUCACUGACCUCCACCUGGACCCCUCCUACCACCUGGACCCUGACCCCACCAAGGUUUGCUCCUCCUCCAAAGGAGCCCCCGCCACCCACGCCGGCCUCUACGGGGACUUCAUGUGUGACUCUCCCUACGCUCUCAUCCAGUCCGCCUUCGCUCACAUGGCGCCGCUCACACAGCCUCAGGACUUCAUCAUAUGGACCGGUGACAGUCCACCUCAUGUCCCUGUAGACGAGCUCUCUACGGACAUGGUGAUCCAGGUGAUCAGUAAUAUGACCCAGACCAUCAGACAACACUUCCCCAACCUGACAGUCUAUCCGGCCCUGGGAAACCACGACUACUGGCCACAGGACCAGAUGUUGACCUCCACCAAUGCCAUCUACAAAGCUGUUGCCCAGCUGUGGAAACCCUGGCUGCAGCCUGAAGCUCUGCGCACACUCUCACAGGGUGGUUUCUACUGCCAGCUGGUAAAGCCUGGUUUGCGGGUGCUUAGUCUCAACACCAUCCUCUACUACGGCCCGAACAAGGUCACCAGGAACAUGACGGACCCUGCUGGACAGUUCGAGUGGCUGGAGAAAACUCUGGAGAAAGCUGCUCAGUGUCUGGAGAAGGUGUACAUCAUAGCUCAUGUACCAGUGGGCUACCUGGUCUAUGCCAGAAACAUCACCGCUAUGAGACAGAGCCACAACGAGCGGCUGGUCGCCAUCUUCAGGAAGUACAGUGAUGUCAUUGCUGGACAUUUCUACGGCCACACCCACCGCGACAGCAUCAUGGUGCUGUUGGACCAACAAGGUAAACCGGUGAAUUCUCUUUUUGUGUCACCGUCUGUCACGCCAAUCAAAAGUGUUCUGGAGCCUUACUCCAACAACCCAGCUUUCCGCGCGUAUUUGUACAACACCAAGGACUACACUCUCUUGGAUAUCUGGCAGUACUAUCUGAAUCUGACGGAAGCCAACGAGAAACAAAGAUCCGACUGGAGGCUUGAAUACAUCAUGACUGAGGCUUUUGGACUGACUGACCUGCGGCCACAAAGCCUCCUCCAGCUGGGCCUGAGCUUCAGGCUGCCGCAGACCAAAGCCUUUGAGGAGUAUUUCAGUCACUUCAUGGUCGCUUACAACAGCAGCAUCGUCUGUGAGGGCGACUGCAAGCUCAGCCAGGUGUGUGCCGUGCUCUACCUGGACCAACCGUCCUACUCCAAAUGUAUCUCAAAGGGAGAACGGUAGCACGGAUGAUCAGAGACGACGGGUUUGUCUCAGGAGUUUAUUAUUAUCAGUUAAUCACAAUUUAGUUGUAUAGCAGCUUUAAUUCAAAGUUAUUGCAGUUCAAAGUGCUUCACAGACGACUGACGAGCUGAAAAUAAGACAUAACAACAUAAUUGUCUGCAAAUACAAUUAAACAAUUUGAUACCAAUGCAUGCGAGACAAUAAAUAAUUCAAAAUGUUGUCAAAUAGAUUUAAAAGCUAUAAUAACAGUAACAGCAGUAAAACACAUGAAAUACAACAUUGAAAACAGAAUAUUUCAUUAUUAUUACAUUUUAACAGCUUAAAUACAACAAAAUAAGUGAUUAAUAAAAUAACAAUAAAAUACAGUUUUACAGCCUAAAUACAGCAAUAUAUGUGAAGAAUAAAAUGUUCUUUAAUUUUACAGCUUAAAUACAAUAGAAUAAGAAUAUGAAGGACCAACAUUUUAAAACCUUCAAGCAGUUAUUCAAUUAAAAUGUGAUUGAAAUAACAUGUAAGUCUUGAGGGAUUUGUCUCAGGGAGUCACAUUUUUUUUUUACUCAAAUGCUGGAAUCCAAAAAUACAAUGCGCAUUUCUGUCGCAUUCAAAUAUAAAUCUAACUUUUUUACUUUGAGCUGGUUCUUAAUUGGUAUAUAUUUACCUAAAUACUACUUUCUGGUAUCAAGUCAUCCAUAUGCAGUUCGGACAAAAAAAAUGCACAAUAUCUGAGUAAAUUAAGAGUUUUAUUUUUAAGAAAAUAUGCAAUCCAGACCACAAAAUAGCAAUAAAUUAGUUAGUUACUGAUACAAUGCAUAUAGAUAUCUUGAUGAUCUUUGUUAUCUCACAAAACAAUAAAAACACAUUCUUUAACUGGUCUGCUCCUCAGUUUCGAGAGGUGUGAAGACUUUUUAAGGGAAAUCAUUGAGGUGUGAUGACUUUAGCUUAGUUACAUCUCAUCACUGUGCUUCAUGAAACACAGUCAGGUGUAGAUCUUCCUCUGAAGUCUGUUUAACUCCUCUCCCACUAAUGGAUUAUAUCUAAUCUCUGUGAUCAUCUAAUUGCUGCCAAAUGUCGACCGCCACAUGAGCUGAUGGUGUUGAUUCAACACGAGAACUGUGUCACUGUGUCUUUUCAAAUGUAAGAGUUUAAAGCUUGGAUUUUCUGACGAAUGCCGUUUAUAAAAAUGUAAACUUUGCAUGUUACUCUACAUUCCACAAAUGUAUCAGUAGCUGUAACUUCUGACAAUGUGGAUAAAUGAGGUGCGCCAUCACUAGAAACCGUGAAAAUGUGUUUUUAAUUGUUCAGACCUUCAUCUUUGUGUGAGCUACAGAGAGAUUUCAAACUAGAUUAUUUAUAAAAAUGUAAGAUCUGAACAACCGGAUUAAAGUUAAU